AAUAAAAGUCACGUGCACAACAGACGAGGCUAAUAAACAUAUACUUAUGGGAGGAGGCAAAUGAUUAGGUUAUAUAAUUAUAUCAAAGAAAGUGCACGCACUCCUGCAGCCAGCCGGUGAGACUCUUCCCUGCGGAGAUUCGUUGUGCUGACCCGGGAUAUGCCUGGAGACUGGGACUCGGAGUUGGACUCAACAUGGGAGGACGAGGAGAAGUGUGCGCCCAGGAGGAAGAGGAGACACGUCUGGGGGUCUCCCAAGGCAGAUCUGUGUAACUACCGGCGUGGAUAUCCGGACAAAGUGGAACCGGGCAGUAAGGAGAUGCCAAACCUACAAUUCUACCAGAACAAACGCCCCUUUAGACCAGGAGGAGAAUACAUAGAUACAUUGCUUAGUGACUGGACGGAAGAUUAUGUCCGACUGGAAGAGAACCAUUCGUAUAUCCAGUGGCUGUUCCCAUUGCGGGAGAAGGGAGUGAAUCCUCAAGCUGUACCGCUGACACUACAUGAGAUUAAGGCAAUGAAGGCAGAUGACAACGUCAGGAGGAGGUUCUGUGAGGCCUACAGACUUAUGUUGGGCUUUUAUGGCAUAGAAUUAAGCAAUGAGAAAACUGGGGAAGUUGUCCGGACCACGAAAUACUGGGAAAGAUUCAACAAUCUCAAUCGUCACCGGCACAAUAACCUGAGGAUCACACGGAUACUAAAGUGUUUGGGGGAACUUGGCUAUGAGCACUUCCAAGCUCCACUCGUCCAGUUCUUUCUGGAGGAGACCUUGGUGAAUGAGGAGUUGCCCAAUGUCAGACGCAGUGCUUUGGACUAUUUCAUGUUUACUGUGAAGGACAGAAAGAAGCGCAGGGAGUUGGUGCUGUAUGCCUGGAAACAUUUCCCAGACAAAGCAGGGUUUAUAUGGGGGCCUAGAGAUAUCUUGAGUCGUAGGGCAGCAAGGAGCUCAGAGAAUCACGUUUCCAUGGAUAAGGUUAAAGUAAGUAAUGGAAAUUUGGGAAGACAAAGAGCUGGGGAGCAUGGGGUGGAAUCAGAAAAGGGAGGUGAACGGGUCAAAGCACAUAAGGAUAAAAAAAGAAGUUGGAGAGAUCUGUUGUGCAUGGCAGGAGAAAAAGCACAUUCACACAAACCAAAGCACAACAGAAAUAAAUGAUAUAGAAAUAAAUGACACUGCUACGUGUCGCAGAGGCAUCUACUGGGAAAAGGACAUAUGAAAUAAACACAUAAGCCACAGAACAAAGACAUAUUCAGAAAAGGGCAAGAAAUCGUGCUGAUAAUGUUACAGAUUACAUCAAUGUGCAGUGUGGCCCGAUCUGUUUCUCUUUUUGAGGCAUUUAGUCCCUCCUUUAGCCGUGCUAUGAGCUGAAUGGCUGGGAUGUUAUUCAUCUGCCUCUGAUCUCCUGUGGGACAUGCUGCUGGGAAUUCUGGUAAGGGCCAUAUGGUUCUAUUCUGGGUCUAUUAAAUACACUUUUGAAUGCUGAAGGGAUUUUACAUCAUAAUCCUUCUCUUACUACUGUAGAUAUUGGUUAACCCCUUGGCUUGAGAUAUGUAGAAUCCUACAGUGUGUGGUGGUAGGAAUGAUGCAACCCAAUGUCGUUGGUGGCAAAAAAUGUCCAAUAUUCUCUGCCUUAGUUCUCCCUAUAAUAAA